AUGCAAGAAAUAUGCCCGAGGGCAAUCCUUGACGAGGUGGACGCCGGGAACAUGGCGCGCGCCAAGUGCAGAGGAUUCAUCGGCUACGGCGAGCAGCGCUGCGUCAACUUCAACGGCAGUCUACAUGUCGGCAUUAUCCCCUUCAUCGACUACGGCGAGCAGCGCUGCGUCAACUUCAACGGCAGUCUACAUGUCGGCAUUAUCCCCGUGCACCUGGCAGGCGACGGCGCCCUCGCCGCCCGCAGCGACACCUCCGCUGGCUCCGACCGCGACCGCCACUCGGACACCGACGAGGAGCGGCGGCGAGCCCGGGACCUCUCCCUGGACCUCGAGCCCGCCUGGCCCGCGGGCCUGGGCCUCCCCCCGGGGCUGGCGCCCCCGGGGCUCGAGCUCGAGCGCGAGGUGGGCGCGGCCGCCCCGGCCGGGCGCACGCCCCUCCGCAGCCGUGCCGCCGCGUUCGCGCCCCUCCGCAGCCAGGCCGAGCCCUUCGUCCCGAAGGGCCUCCGGAUGAUGGGCCAGCGGCCCCGGCUCGGCGGCAGCGGCCCGAAGUCCCCGCAGUGGACCACGGUGAUGCUACGCAACGUCCCCCAGUCCUACACGUGCGACUCGCUGAUCACGGAGUCCAUGGGCUUCUCUCCGUGGGUCGACUUCGUCUACGUCCCCGUGAAGCGCACCGAGAUGCUCGGCGUCGGCUACUGCUUCGUCAAUCUCACCACGGCGGAGCGAGCGGAGGAGUUCAAGCUCGCGUUCGAGGGCUUUGUUGACUGGCCGUCGUCGUUCUCCACGGAGGCGUGCGCCACGCACUGGAGCGUCUGCCAGGGCCUCAGGGAGAAUGUGAAGCGCUAUCGGAACAGUCCCCUGAUGAGCGAUGACGUGCCGGCCUUCUUCAAGCCGGUUCUCCUGAAGAAUGGCGUGCGGAUCCCGUUCCCGCAGCCCACGAAGAAGGUGAAGCCGCGCCGCGCGUACAAGGGCCAGGGGCCAGAGGAGUGCGAGCCCAGCGACUAGAAUCACGUCGUGUACCCUCGUGCACCCUGGUGCACCUCGGGCACCCUCGUGCACCCUCCUCCACCCUCGUGCACCCUUGUCCGCCCUUCUCCCGACCUCC